AGGCGCAGCCACGCCCAGGCCGCCCAGAAGGCAGCGUAGCAGAACGGGAGGACGGAGCCAAACCUCCUCCCUCCCCAGGCCUGGAUCCUGCACACGUAGAGCUGCCCCACAGCCCCCGGGAUGAGCACGGAGGGGAUGGAGAGCUGCUGCCUGCCGGGGUCCCCCAGGCCACCCUGGAUGGCCGAGGCCGCGGCCAGGCCGUUGCAGACGUAGAACAAGGCGUCGGGCACGGCGGCGCCGGUGCCGCCGGGGAGCUCCUCGGUGCUCAUGAGGAGGGCUUUGAGGGCCACCAGCGCGGUUUGGAGAGCCGAGCUGGACACGGCCUGGGCGCCCACCGGGAUCAGGGCCUUCUCCCCGAUGGAGUUGAUGAGGCUGGCGAAGGUGGCGUACAGAGACAGGGCCGUGCAGAGGCUGCAGGCAGUGCCCAGGAGGGGCUGAGCACCAGGCAGCGGGAUCUGAUGGAUGAAGGCCGUGGUGAGGAUGACGAAGGAGGCGUUUUGCAGCAUCUCCAGGGUGUCUUUGUGGGUGGACAUCAGGAAGAGCGUGCAGGCAGUGGCCAGGAAGAACCACCCUCCAAACAUUCCCAGCCUGCUCUCCUGAGCCCGGGGCAGCCCAAGGAAGGCGGUGAGGAUGAACUCUUCCCAAGACAUCACCAACCAGUAGAGGCUGUGGACACCAAACUUGGUUGUGUGGUAGGCGUCACCUCGGAGGUAGCUGUAGAAGCUGGAGAGCAGCUGGCAGCUGGAGAUGAUGGAGAUCCACACCGCCCCGACACAGAAGGUCUUCAUGUAGCCAAAGAAGUAAAAGGCGAAGAUAAAGGGCGACACCGUGUCGCAGAUGUUGCCCAGGGUCAUCGGCUCAGCGUACUUCGUGUUCUUUUUCUUUUCCUCCCCGAUGGCCUUGGAGGAGCUUUUCUGUGCUGACCCCAAGAGCAGGACAUUGAAGAGGGGGUGCCCGAAGCCUGGAAGGACGUAGCGCUGCGUGAUGCCCUUGAGGAGCAGAGCCACCGCCCCGUACAACCCGCAGGUGACAAUGACCAGCUCGAUGGCCCCCGACACCACCAGGGCCCACUGGCAGAACAGGGCGACCGCCUCGAACACCAGGGCGAGGGCGAUGGCCCCGAAUAUGAAGGGCAUGAUGUAGUUGACAGUGGCCGAGCAGAAGCAGAGGACGAAGGAGAUGGAGAUGUAGGCCACCAGCCCGGCCACCGCGCUCUGGCUGGCCGAGAGCUGGGCCGCGCCGAGGGGCAGGAGGUGGCUGCCGUUCCCCGCGGGCAGGGUGGUGUUCUGCGGGGAGGGGUAGGCGGCCGACACGAUCCGUGUGGCCCCGUAGCUGCUCCACAGGGCGGAGAAGGUGAGGAAGGCCGCGCCCCCAAGGUGGUCAUACUUGCGGAAGGCGAGGAAUCCUGCCAGGAGCUGGACGAAGCCUCCGAUCAGGACAAGGUGGACACCUGAGGGACAUGUGAAGUGGUCAGGUGUGAGGCAAGCCACAAAAGGGCUUGAGCUGCAGGAAGCAGGUCCCACAGCCUUCCUGUGAGCGGCCCUGUGGCCUCUGCCUUCCCCUCUCUUCCCACCUUUAUGUCAGAUUUCUGUGUGGGCGCUGAGCCCCUUGGCACGCUCGGUGUGGGGAGCAGGCCCAGGAGCAGUUUGGGUGUAGGAAAGUGGCAGGGAAUGGCACAUGGAAGGUUUGGACCAGACUCGGGCUGAGGAAGGAGGAGCAGCCACCCCUAGGUGCACACAGACAGCCCACAUAUCCCCAGUGACAGUGACUAUCAUCCCACAGGGAUGGCUCUCCAAGAGUCCAUCCCGCCUGGUGCCGCCAGCUUGGACGUUCACCUCCAACCAGCCCCCGCGGUGUCCCCCCGAGCAGCACCACCCACCUGCCAGGAUGUCCUCUGCCCCCCGCGGCCUGAGGCCACUCUGAGCCACGGUGAAGUUCUGCAGGCAGAGCAGGAAGGCGCUGACCACGUUGCCCAGGAGCCCCAGCACGGCCGGCUCACUGUAGAAGACGGCGGCGAACCCCGCCAUGGCCCUUCCAGACAAAACAAGAGCGUCGGCCGUCGCCCCCACAACCCCGUCGGCGUCUAGACCGGCGCUGCUCGGGCUCCCAGCCAGCCUUCAGAGCUGUGCCCCUGCCCCAAGGAGGAAGCAACUGGUGAGAGGCUCAGGUGUUUCCAUGGUGCCUCCCCGCUCCUCGCUCCAGACAAAGGCUCGAUUCAAAGCACCACUUUAGGUGCCUGCUUUCCGGAGUCCUAUCCAGAAAAAACACACACAGGCCAUUUAGGCUACAAGGAGUUCUGGCAAAAACAUGUUUAGGUGCCCCAAAGCGCUGCAGGUGGUGGGGAUGGUUCCUGUCCCCUCUUGUCCAGGCUGCUGGAGAUGGGGAGGAAUGAAUAACCCAAAGCGGACGGACAAACAUUCAGGCGAAAGCCACAAGGUAUUUUUGAGCCGUUCCAGGACGUUUCUUAUCCACUGUUACAAACAGGCACGACGCUCACAUACACAGUCUCCCUUCCAGAUGGAAUUUUCCAGCUCCAUCCCUUUCUUGAAACCCCAGUGACUAAAUAGUCUAUUUUCAAACCCUUCAUAUUUCUACCAUGAACUCGCCUGUUUGCAGGCAGCCCCCACAUUCCCAUUCCUCUGCACUCCUGGGUACCAGGAGCUGAAGUUUUCUCUCUGGAGGUUUUUUGUUGGGAAACAAAGAUGAAAAUAAAACAGCGAUGUUCUUGUUAUUUGGAUAUUUUUAGAACAUUUGAUGACCUAAAAUAGCUGGAAAGGGAGACAGUGAUGUAUUCUGUUCUCAGCCAUUCCAAAGAGCCUUUUGGAAAGGGAGGAAAGCACCACUAUUGAUACGGGGAGGAGGGAAGGAGCACCACCCAAAAAAGAAAUAGUGAUGUGAAUAAUAAUGAACCUAAAUCCCAGGAACACACAGUUUUCCUCGGCACGAAUACACAUUUUGCAAACAUCAGUGCUCUCGGGACUCUCUUGUUCUACUAAAAACCCCAUGGUUUCCUCUCUCCAUUUAUCCUAAAGGUUGCAAUUUUCCCAAAGAGAGCAGGAUGAAGGAUAAGUUCACUCCAAACUGGCUCGGCAACAUAAACUCCCAUCAAACAUGGGAAGGGGUGAAAACUUCCAAGUGAACCCGGGGGGACAAUUAAUUAUUCAAUUAUUUGGUUGUGCUGAAGGUUGUAAUUCUUUGGCUCAGAAAGAGUGAUGCACCAAAUCCCAACUCUGAGGGGGGAACACUCUCUCUCAACAUCAAACAUCUCUCUGUGCUACUGACUUGAAGGAGGCCCCGAGGAACGAGGGGCGCUCAGGCAGAGCUGGGCCUGUGGAGUCCAGAACUUUUUUAUUAGUAUUAUUACUUUCAAUGACAUUCCUAUAUAAAUAAGUGGUCUGAUUUCAAAGGUUAGUCUUGGAGAAGGGCCACAAUCUUAAGUUCCUCCAGAUGUUUUGCUCUGAAGGAGCUCAGGCAGUGCCUUUCUGGGCACGGUGCAACAAGCCCAUUGUGUGGAGACGAUCCCUGGAGGAGGAUGAGGUGGGUUUUUGGAGGCAGAUGGGCUGGCCAGGUGACUCCUUGGCUCCCAGAAGAGGUUUUCAGUUUGCCAAGGCUCAUUUUGUUGGUGGUUUCUGUGUAACUGGCUGUGCUGGGGGAUUUAGAGCCUGUGACAGACAUCUGGGAUUUGUGAAGGAUGUAGAGACACAACAGGGAUGUUUCCCUCUGCUUCCAGUGCCAGCCUUCCUAGGACACCAGAGAAGGGGGAAGAGAAAUAGCAGAACAUGCUACAGAGCUGUAAAAGAUGUGAGAGGGUUCAAUCCAAGAUAUGGAAAAGGAGGAGGAUGAAGGAGGUUCCCUUGGGAGGAGAAGGUUUUGGGGUUGGAAACAGCUGCACACCCACCCCCCCCCAAUGCCAACACAGCCUCUGGGCCCUGUCCCAAGGCCAUUCCAGCAGCUGUGCAUUGCCCCUGCCUCUAUUUCAUCCAACAUGAGGACACACCAAAGAAUUAAAGCCCUUCAGUUGUCCCAGGAGCAGCAGCACUGGAAUGUCAUGGGCUGCAGCGAGGCUGGAGAAAGAGGGUCUGCAUGGGAACCCCCAGAGGGGUUUCCUGCUCAAAUAUGCCCUUGUCCCGAGGAUAACACCACUCCUGGCUCUGGCACUGUCCCUUCUGUGCAUCUGCUGCCUCUGGUACUUUGUAAGGACCUGUUUGUCCCCUUGCACCGCAGAGAACUGAGAAUGUGGCACGAUAAGGUGAGGGGACACAAGGGGCAGAGCAGUAAACGGGAAUCCCUCCCUCCAGGUGGGGCUGGCAGCUCUCUGCACACACAGGGCAUCAGCCAGCACAGCCACAGUGCAGCAAACCAUGAGGAUGGAGACCUUCCCAUGGUGAGGAGGCACCUGGAGACCUGAGGAGCUGCCAGAGAGCUGCUUGUACCGACGAGAUGGGUCAGCUCGGGGUGAUCAUUCCCUGGCACAAAACCCCUGCUGCAGUGAGGGCACAGCCAAAGCCACCCCUCACUCAACCAGCCUCCUCCACCUUUUCUCCUUCCCCUGCCUGCCCCUGACACUCUUCACCCUGGGAGUGGCAGAAGUGGCAUGUGAGGUCCUGCCCCUGUCCAGGCUCGUGACCUCUGAGCUGUGCCCACGUGGGGCAGCUUCUGGAUGCCACUUCCUUCACUCACCACCUUCCUCACAGACAGCUGCCCUUCACCCCCUCCAGAACAGCUCACCCCCCUCUGCACCCCGUUUCCAUCUCUGUUAGACCAGGCUUUGCAUCCUCUUUGCACCAACAUCCAGCUGCUGGUGGUGCUUCAACUCGGUCAGCAUUAAUGGGAAUAUUCUGGUGCAUGGACAUUCCCUCCAUUGGAGGCUGGAGCAAAGCUCCACUUGCCGUGGGACACAUAAACAACCACCAGCCCAUUAACUUCUCAGACACCCAGUGGCAUUUUGCCCUUAGUUUUCCAUCCCACCUUAUUAGUGAUAAGAAAUGUUUGUGCAGCUCCGAGGAAACGCCUCUCUCCAAAUAAACAUGGAGAGAGAACAGAAAAGCAAUUCACUUUGGAUAAACAAACAGCAAGAUGAUCAGUGCACGACAACACAACACAGCUGGAUUAAAAAAUCCAUUAAAAAACCCUCCUCUGGUGCCAAACAGCACCAAAUUGCUGGAGACACACUGCUACACGUAAAGGUCUGCAUGGUAGUUAGUAGAAAAUGCAGUUUUAAAUAUGAGGUGUAUGACAGCAGGCUGUUAUUCUGCCCCAAAUAAUAUACAGCAUGUCAAACACCCCCAGGUUUCACUGUUGGACAAAGCAAAGAGCCCCAAAAUCCAACCAUUUGUUUGGAAGCAAAGGCCCCCAGCGUCCCCUGGAAGCUCCAGAGUUCACACCUGCACUCCCAGUUCAGUGCCAGAGCUGGAGCUUUAGAAGAAGGAGAGCUAUGAAAGGCUCAGCCAAAGGACCAAAUGCUGAAUGGAUUCAAGAAAAGCAUCAAACAAACCACCAAUGCCUCGCUGCUGGGAUUACCUGCUCUGGUGACACUUCUGCUCAAUGGGAGGAUGCUCUUGUCCCUCUCAUUUCCUGAAAUCCCAGAAGCUCCUGGCAAGCUCCCGGCACGUUCACAAAACUGCUGCCCACGUGGUGGCCAGGAGCGCUCCGGAGGACACCGUGACCAGCAGCUUCGCCUCCUUCAUCCACGGCGCCCGACCCGACCACUUGUCCAAGACCGUCCGGCACCGGAGCAAGAGGAUGAUCCUCGACAGCAUCGGGGUCGGGCUCGUGGGCAGCACCACCCACGUGUUUGACAUCGCCCUGCGGUACUGCCGGCUGUACUCUCCAGUUGCUGUGAGCUCUGUCUAUGGCAAGCCAGGUGUGAAGCUGUCCCCGACACUGGCCGCCUUCACCAACGGAGUCGCGACACACUCCAUGGAUUUUGAUGACACCUGGCACCCUGCCACCCACCCCUCAGGGGCUGUCCUGCCAGCCCUGCUGGCAGCUUCCCAGAUGCUCCCUCCCGGCACCAAACCCACAGGCAUGGAUUUCCUGCUGGCGUUUAACGUGGGCCUGGAAGUGCAAGGAAGGCUCAUGCAUUUCUCCACUGAGGCUCACGACAUUCCAAAAAGGUUCCACCCUCCCUCGGUGGUGGGGACCAUGGGCAGCGCGGCGGCCACGGCCAAGCUGCUGUCCCUCAGCAGGGCCCAGUGCUGCCACGCCCUGGGCAUCGCCGCGUCCCUGGCGGGGGCCCCCAUGGCCAACGCCGCCACCCAGGCCAAGCCACUGCACAUCGGCAACGCCACCCGCCUGGGCUUCGAGGCGGCCCUGCUGGCAGCCCGGGGCAUGGAGGCCAACCCCUUCAUCCUGGACGACAUCCCCGGCUGCUCCGGGUUCAGCGCCUUCUACGGGGUCUAUCACCCCAAGCCGCUGCCCGCGCCCGGCGACCACCACGAGUUCCUCCUGGAGAAGCAGGAUAUUGCCUUCAAGAGGUUCCCAGCCCACCUGGGGAUGCACUGGGUGGUGGAUGCUGCCCUGUCUGUGAGGAACCUCUUUGUCCACUACGCGGGGUCCUUCUCUCCCGCCCUGAUCCGCACCAUCGUGCUGAAGAUCCCGGUGUCCAAGUACAUCAACCGGCCCUUCCCCAGCUCCGAGCACCAGGCCAGGCACUCCUUCCAGUUCAACGCCUGUGCUGCCCUGUUGGACGGCGAGGUCGGGCUCGGCUCCUUCACCGAGAGCAGCAUCCACCGGCAGGAGCUGAGGGAGCUGCUGGACAAAGUGGUGGUGGAGCACCCCGAGGAUAACGUGGCCAACUUCGACAAGAUGUACGGGGAGGUGGCACUGCUCCUGCACAGCGGGGACGUCCUCACGGGCAAGUGUGACACUUUCUACGGGCACUGGAGGAAGCCCCUGAGCAAGGAGUCGCUCCUGAAGAAGUUUCGAUCCAACGCCUCCCACGUGCUCCCAGACGAGAAAAUAGAAGCCAUCAUCACUACGGUGGACAACCUGGAGAACCUGUCAGACAGCUCCCAGCUGGCCUGCAGCCUGUGAGGGAACAGCACAGGGGGGUUUCAGGAGGGGUUUGUCCCGGUGAAACUCUGAUUCCUUUCUUCAUUGGUGCUUUACUAUUGAUUUCCAGUGCCAGGAACGUUCCCACCCCUUCAAGUAGACACUUCACUCCCAAAGGAGCCCCCGGGGCAGGAGGUGUGACUGUGUCAGCCCUCGGUACAAGGAGUACAUUUCAGCUCAUGGUUGAUGCUCUCUGAGCAGCUGAAAGGCCACCACAAAUAUAAAAAAAUAAUCCCAUGGAAAUCCCUGAGAAUCUUGGGGUGUCACUGGGAAGCUGCUGCCCCGGAAGGAGCAGUGUCUGUGUGGUUUUUAAAGCUGGACUCCAAGAUUUUUUCUGGGCACAACGCCCAACCACUGAGUCUGGGAAGAGGAGGAAGUUCAGCUGCGGAACGUGUGCUUUUCUUAGUGCUCUUCUGGGUGCUUUUGGGAUCACACUUAGUUAGUCCUGGUGGCCAGAUGGAAAGUCCAUCCCUUACUGUAAACAGCC